GUGCCAGACAGACAAUAACGGGUAAAACGUGCUCGGAGGGGGUAUUUGAGGACCUGCGUGGAGGAAAAAACCGCUCUAAGCGAACAAUUCCCCCAGAGACUUUGGUUCCGCCGACAUGUUUCAUUCCGGACUGUUUAAAGGCAGGCGCUCCGGUUUCCUGGCGGAGAAGAUGGCGGCUCCUGGACCGGGGGAGUAUUUUAGCGUCGGGAGCCAUGUCUCUUGCCUCACCUGCCUAGGCCAACGUCUGCAAGGAGAAGUUGUCGCAUUCGAUUACCAGUCCAAGAUGUUAACUUUGAAAUGUGCUUCCUCCAGUGGCAAGCCAAACCUGCACGACGUCAUCCUGAUCAACUUAGCCUAUGUUUCUGACGUGGACAUAAUUAAUGACCGCACUGAGACUCCUCCUCCACUAGCAUCACUGAAUGUUAGCAAGCUUGCCAAUCGAGCACGGACAGAAAAGGAGGACAAGCUGUCCCAAGCCUAUGCAAUCAGUGCUGGGGUUUCUGUGGAGGGCCAACAGCUAUUCCAGACUAUUCAUAAAACCAUCAAAGACUGUAAAUGGCAGGAGAAGAACAUUAUUGUGAUGGACGAUGUCGUAAUCUCACCGCCUUACCAGGUCGAGAACUGCAAAGGCAAAGAGGGAAGCGCUUUAAGUCAUGUACGCAAAAUAGUUGAGAAACAUUUUAGAGACCUGGAAAGUCAGAAGUCCAUGCAACGUUCACAAGCACAGCAAACACAGAAGGACUCCACUUUAUCUUCUUGAGUUGGCAGCGUGGGUCGGCCAGAGACGGCGACGCAGGCGGUUCUGUUCCCACUGCCAGACAAAGUCGGCAUUCCUUGUCCUCAGUCUGAGACCACAAGGAGGAGCGCUGAGGGCCCUGGAUCCUGAAGAUCAAAAUACCAUGAAAUAAAAAGAAAAGACAAAAAAGAGAAGAUUAAAUCUUAAAUUAGACUUUAUAAAGAAUAAUUUAAAACAUGAACCAUAAAGCAACCAUAGUUUCCUUCAACUAACUUCUCCCAUUCUGUCCCCGCCCCAGUUUCCUUUUAACUCCUCCCCUUCUGUUCCUGAAGCAUUUUUCUGCCCUCCUUCCUUUGCCUUCAGUUCCAUUAAAGAGAAAAAGAGAGAAAACUAGAGCAGUCAGAAAGGCUUGUUAGCUUUAUUUUCUGUCUUUGUUUUUUUUUUUUUUUCUGUAUCCAUGUUCUACUGUCUGUAUUUUCUGUAUUUUAAACAAAAAUGUGACUUGAAACGCCACACUUUAAAGGACAUUUUCUAAAAUAAAAGUAACAAAAAUUCUGA